CAUCGACGGGGCUUGUCAUGAUCGCAAUUGAAAUAUUUAACUUAGAAGAGCCAGCGUCUAAUUUUCAUCAAUUGUGAAGAUUUGGAUCUGCGUAUUUUAAAACCUCUCAUGCGUAACACUGUGUGAAUCUGAAUGCGGAUGUGCAGCUGUAAAGGCAGGCGUCUUGUGCCGCUAUUGAAAUGAAAUAGGUCAGAGAAACAUGCAGUGUCAGUGCUCACAAUGCCGUAAACCCACCUGCCUGCCUUAUUAUUGAAUACCGUAGCGGGGCUGGGUGGAACACGGUUGUGAAUUAAGUAAACAAGAAGAGCCCUUUAUAAAUAUCCCACCGGGUGACAUUGCCAAGAUAGAUCUGGGGUAUUUGGUUUUUCCUUGGUGUAACCACAUACUUUUUGACGUGACUAUACGUAUUUAGAUAUUUCUGAUUCACUGGACUCAUCUGGAAACGUCCGCUUAGUUGGUGAGACAUUGCAGCAUUGUCGAGGACUACGUGUUACCAACACUGGAUUUGACAAAAUGGUGGAGGUAGACGGUUCGUUCAUUGAGGAAGUGGUUUGAAGGACAUACCUCGCCUGCAUAACACGGAAAGUUCACCUGUGUGAGAUAUGGCAGGAUCGUUGUUCCUCCCGUGCUGUCUGUGGACCGCAAAGGAUGAGGAUGGGGAUGUAUACACUAAAACACCACCACCACCAAGUGAGCAGAUCCAUAGCUCGGAGGCAACCGGUGACAAAGGCGGUGACAAAGGGGCUGACAAAGGCGGUGGAAGUGCUAGUCACGACACCAAACCAGAACCAGCGUCACGUACAACAUGCGAUGUUGGGGGAGGCAAGAACACAGCAGCGCCAGAAGCUGAAGUGGCUGCUUUGAGGGAAGAGAAGGAUCCCGAUGAUGAUGAGCAUCUUGACAGUGAGAUGGAACAGGAAUCUGUCAGACACAGUGGAGGUGACGGUAUUGGGACAAGGGAGGAACUACCAGACACCGUGAUGACACAGGAAUUUGAUCAACAUGGCGAGGUUCCAUUGAGUGAGAAGGAACCACAGAUCACUAGGGCUACACUGGAACCUGAUCAGGAUGAACAUGAAGAUGAACUGAAUGAGAGGGAGUCACAUGCUUAUAGGACUACACGGGAAUUGGAUCAGUUUGAGGAAAGUAAGGAUCCGUCAAUGGACAGGAACUCACCGGACACCUGGACCUCACAGGAAUGUAAUCAGGAUGAAGACCGAUCCCGGGAGAGGGAACCACUUAUUACUGGAACACGGGAAUGUGAUAAGCAUGUUCCAUCAUGUGAGCGGCAUCAUAGCGCGGCUACAUCGGGAUUUGAUCAGCACGGCCCAGUGGAUGACACAGUCAGUAAUAGGGACCAACGGGACAUUGGGGCAGUAGUGGAAUUUGAUCAACACUGUUCGUUGAUUGAUCAGGAACCAGAGGGCACUGGAACCACUCCACAGGAUAAUGAGACCACGCUGCAGGAGAAUGAGACCACAUCGCGGGAGAAUGAAACCAUGCCCCCGGGGAAUGAGAUCUCACCACAGGAGAAUGAGAACACAUGGCAGGAGAAUGAGAACACACGGCAGGUGAAUGAGAACACAUCGCGGGAGAAUGAGACCACAUCGCAGGAGAAUGAGAACACAUGGCAGGAGAAUGAGAACACAUCGCAGGAGAAUGAGAACACAUCCCAGGAGAAUGAGAACACAUCGCAGGAGAAUGAGAACACAUGGCAGGAGAAUGAGAACACAUCGCAGGAGAAUGAGAACACAUGGCAGGAGAAUGAGAACACACGGCAGGUGAAUGAGAACACAUCGCGGGAGAAUGAGACUAUUCCACCAAAGAAUGAGAUCACACCACAGGAGAUUAAAACAACACUGCAGGGUAAUGAGAACACACCGCGAGAUAAUGAGACCAUAUCGACGGAGGAGACCACAUCGGACGAGAAUGAGACCACGCCGCGGGGGACUGACACAACACAGGAACUCGGUCAGCAUGCUGAAGGUGAAGACCCAUCAAAGGUGGGAAAACCACAGGGGGCUGAGAUCACACCAGAAUUAUGUCAACAUGGUGAAGAUGGGGAUCUACUAAGUGACAGGGAAAUACCUAACACGAGUCCUGGACAAGAAUGUGAAAAGCAAGUUACAGCUGAAGAUGCUGGGGAGGAGAAGGGGCCACCAGACAGUGAGACUACGGGGGAAGCUGAUGGUCACAGUGAAAUUGAGGAUCAGUUACAAGAGAAGAAACGACAGGAAUAUAUCGAGCAAGUUUUAAGUGACCUGUUACAUGCUGCCGAUGACGAUGAUGUUGACGUUGACGUCAGUGAGACAUUAGAGACCCCUGAUCGAGCAACCCAACAACCCUCUCCUGAUAAACGCCUCGACACCGCUCUCCAUGACGCCUGCAGACUUGGGGACCUGCAGCAGGUUAAGGACACCCUAUCUGAUGGACUUAUGGACAUCAACUGUAGAGGGCGAGGAGGACAGACCCCAGCGAUGGCUGCAGCACGACAAGGACAUAACAAAGUGCUCCUCUUACUUGUAGAUGAAGGAGCUGACCUGUCACUGACGGCUGAUGACGGUAACAACAGCCUCCAUCAUGCGUGUCGUGUAGGACAUGUGGAAAUCGUCAAGACUGUCCUGGCGAAGAAUACUGUUGACAUUAACAGUAGAGGCCAGGGCGGGAGGACAGCUCUGUUAUGGGCAGCCGGGUGGGGUCGUGGCGCCAUCUUUGAAAUGCUAUUGCAGGCAGGUGCUGACCUGAGUGCAGUGAAAGAUGGCGGUAACAACAUCCUUCAUGUUGCCUGUCAUGGAGGCGAUUUGGCGAUAGUUAAGUAUGUCCUCUCUCAGGAUGUGGUACACAUCACCGACAGGAAUAGUGAUUGGGAAACGGCACCCAUGAUAGCAAAACGACGCGGACAUACGUCAGUGUGGAAACUUCUUAUGUCCAGUGGACGCCCCACGAAGUGAUGAAGGUCUAAGACACAGGCAUUGCAGGACAUGUGUAACACGUGAAGAACUGUUAUACAGUAGAGUAGAUUCCAAUGUUGACUCCAGUACACAGGUAUAAGUCAGAAAUCGUCAAACCAUCGUCGAUAUAUCGGUUGUGUAUGCAUACGUCACUCGAUCAUCCCUGAUACAUACGGUUGCUUUACAGUCGCAAUUUUAACCAGGCAGUGUCAGACAAAGGUAGGGUUCGCAAAAUAAUUUGCAUAGAGUUGAGCUCAUUUGACUUCCAUCAGUAAAACACGGCUUCAUUUGAUUUAACUAAUAUACGUGUCACAGUUACAUCGCAUUUCAUCCGUAUGUAUCCUGGGUUAAUGGAGGAGUGUGUACAAAGUAUUGACGAUGGGGCAGAUAAUAACCAGAAGCAUGUUAACCUUACAAUACUUAAAAUGAUUAGUGAUAGGUUAACGCCAGGGUGUAUGUAUUUGUUGGUAACGUAUCAUCUUGUUGAUACAAAUAUUAAUCAGUGGCAGGUUACGUGAGAGCUAUAUGUAAUAAUCAGAAACACUUCGAGAGGACUUAUCCCUCAAAGAUUACAAGGGCAAUUAUGUGACUUUUAUUACUUUCGAAUGUCUGCUUAGUGUGAAACAAAACUAUAAGCAUUCACUUUGUUACUGGAACCCGGCGCAGAAUCGAAGGACUUAUUAUCCGUUAUCAACUCAACCUAGGGACUUACCUGGUAUUUAGUCGCAAAAAAUCAAUUUUCACGGAAAAUUCGUGAAAAAGUGAUUAUGUCUCAGUCUGUUUAAAAAACGAAAUUGCCAUAAACAUUAAAUUAUCGAGAGGUGUUUUUCUUAAAACAAAAUGCAGGCUCAUAGUUUUAAAUUUAAUUUUUUAAAAAUCGGGUUUUGUAGUUGAAACAAUAUCUGAUUACGGUACAAAAUAUCCCGCCAAUCCCCAACCCGGAUAUGAAAAGGUCGGUCCCUUGUGACAUGAGAUAAACAACAUGGUAACAACAUGAGAUAAACAUGUUAUUUGUCAAGAAAAAACGAAAUUUCCACAAUUCUUUCACCGUCCAAGAUUGAUUGAGGGGAUGCACUCCCUCUCUUCAGCUCCGCGGUGAUGCGACCGUGUCAGGAUUUUAUGCAGGAUAGUUUGAAUUGUUUCAGCUGUUGAGAUGGUUGAAUAUGAAAGUGUAUUGCUACCUCAAUAAAGGCAAAAAAUUA